AUGCUUCCGACCAUGUCUUUCGUUAAUUCGCUUGCGCGGUACACUCUUUUGCUCUCUCUAUUUACUCUCAUUACCUGUUUUCAACCCGUUCCUGACAAUUAUGUCGAUGACUACAAUAACAAAUGUGCAGAUGCACUCACUACCAAUUUGACAUCCUGCAUCUCGGCUGUGCACAGUCUCAGUUCCAACAAUUAUUACUCACAGCAUGGUCUUGACAAGAUUUGCACUAGCGACUGUCGCGACGAGUUGAUGGAGUACAAAAAGUCUGUGACUGCCGAAUGCUCUGGCGCCACAUACACCAACGAUUUGGGUACAGUGUAUCCCAUCUCUGAGGUCGCCGAUACUCUUCUCUUCAACUUCCAACAGACCUGCUUGAAAAACAAAGGCGAGUACUGCAACAUCGUCCUGGGUAACAUCACCAAGAAUGGUGGAGAUGAAUGCAGCAAAUGCCUUUUGCUCAAGCUUCGCAACGAGGCCCGGUAUCCUUACGGCAGCGGGCCUGAUGUGUAUUCGAGCGCGUACCCCAGUUAUACCUCUUCUUGCGGGUUCACUGGGUACCCGGUGACCGCCAAGCCCACGAUGUCUCCUAGCUCGAUGGUUUCUCAUCUAUCCAGCACACUCACUUCAUCAGUGGCAGCCAGUCCGACGGCUAGUACAUGCAGCGGCAAGAAGUACACAAUUCAGGACGGAGACACCUGCCAGUCGGUCUCCAGGUCACAGAGCGUUGCCACCUACCAACUUCUCAUGGACAACGAACUCCAAGCCUACUGCGCUAACUUCCCUAAAUCCGGGGACCUUUGUAUCAAGAAUUAUUGCACUACGUACACAGUCCAAAAGGGCGACACCUGUAAGAGUGUUGCGAAGGAACACAAUAUCACGAGAGUCCAGCUGCGCUCCUACAACCCCUGGAUUGACGGGGGUUGCUAUAACUUCAACCGCACUGUUGGCACAGAAAUCUGCAUGGAUGAGCCGGGGCAGAAAUACCACGCUCCAUCCUCUGCUCCUUCUGCCACAGGCUCGCCCACAGCAUCAUCGGCCGUCCCUGUGCCGACAAACCUCGCUAACAACAGCACCAAGGACUGCGGCGAGUAUUACGCGCCCAAGACCAAUGAAACCUGUGACACAAUCGUGCAGAAAUUCCCCAUCAGCCGUGAUAAUUUCCUCAUCUUGAACCCAGGCCUGAACCAGAACUGCACAAACUUCAUAGCUGGCCGCAGUUACUGUGUCAAACCCGUCGAAGAUAUGGAUAAUUACCCCGGUGCUCCAGGCUACAUGCCUUCUGUCUCCAAAGUCCCUUGGGGCGAUCUCCCGGACGCAACUUACACGCCAAUUAAUAACCCUGACAAGCGCCCCAUCGCCCCGGGUACAUUGAGCAAAUGCGAGAGCUUCGUCGACGGGCGCGAUCUGCAAUACAAUUACGCGGACUACAGCGAUUGCCAAGUGGCUGUGGCAUUCUGGGACAUCUCGAAAGCAGAUCUGCUCCAGUGGAAUCCGUCUCUGGAGAAGCGCAAAGGGAAUUCUACCAGUUGCAGUUUCAGCAAGGAGUAUAGAUAUUGUAUGGACGGCCGGUCUGGAGCGAGUUCGUCGGCUUCGGGGGCUGUGCCUAGUACGCCGAUGCCUUCGACGCCGCUUUUGACUUCGACUUCGACUUCGACUUCGACUUCGACUACUUCGUCGGAACCUAGCCCAACUCCCACGGCCACAUCAACCUCCCAGAUUUCAACCACCGAUGCAGACACAAGCACUAGUUCCGAGCCCACCAGUACGACCAACCCCACAACAACAAGCGGGGCCGUCCCGUCCCCUACUCAGACCAACAGCAUUCCCGACAACUGCAGCGACUACGCCAAGGCUAAGGAUGGUGAUAACUGCAUUGACUUCGCCAAGGAUCACGACAUUACUCCGAAGCAGUUGUAUGAGUGGAACACGAUUUUGGGUGAUGAUGGCAAGAAGUGCGGAACUAUGUUCCAGAGAGACACCUACUACUGUACUGGUGUGAGUAAAUAG